AUGUGCGACAACCGGCCGAGCACGGCGUCCUCCCAGGACUCGCUCAUGACCCUGAACCCGGAGGAACCGGGAGGGGGAGACUACGACAACAUCAACGUCGUCGUCAGGGUUCGACCGCUCACGCCGCACGAGAACAAUAGGAAGAACAGUCAAGCACUCAACUAUCCCGGAGAAGGACAAGUACUCGUCAACGACCCCAACUCGGGACAGACAAAACUGUUCACCUUCACGGUGGUAUUCGAACCCGAAGCCACCCAAGAGGAUGUGUUCGAACACUGUGGCAUCAAGCGGCUCAUCGACAUGGCCUUGGACGGGUUCGCAAGUACAAUCAUGGCAUACGGUCAGACCGGGGCUGGAAAAACCUACACACUUACUGGGCCUCCGGACAACGACGAAGGCGGUGGCGACAACCAGCAGGAGCCGGGCAUCAUGCAGCUGGCCUUUGGCUACCUGUUUGCAGAGAUCCAGCUGCGCAAGGGCGUCGAGUACGUCGUCCAGGCCUCCUACCUGGAAGUUUACAAGGAACACGUUCUCGAUCUCCUCAAUCCUUCCCCCAAGACACUUCCAGUACGUUGGUCAAAAGACAAGGGAUUUUACGCGGAGAACCUCUUCGUUGUUGAGUGCGAAGACCUUGGAGACCUUGACGGCGUUCUCCAGGAAGGGCGCAAGAACCGGCAGGUGCGGAGCCACGAGAUGAACGAGCACUCGAGUCGGAGCCACACCAUCCUGAGCAUCAGCCUCGCGUCCGAGAUCCAGGACCCGGACGACCCGAACACGUACAUCCGACGCCAGGGCAAGCUAAGCCUCGUCGACCUGGCCGGCUCCGAGAAGACCAAGAAGACCAAGAGCAAGGGAAACACCCUCACGGAGGCCAACAACAUCAACAAGUCCCUGCUGGUGCUCGGCAACUGCAUCUCCUGCCUGGCGGACCCGAAGAAGCGGUCGGGCCACAUCCCGUACCGGGACAGCACGCUCACCAAGCUGCUCGCGGACAGCCUCGGCGGAAACGGCAUGGCACUCAUCGUGGCGUGUGUAUCCCCGAGCGCAUCCAACGCACCAGAGACCAUAAACACCCUGCGAUACGCCUCCAGAGCAAAGCGAGUCAAAACCAAGCCCAUGGUUCGAAUGGAUCCACGAGAGCUGCUCAUAUUGAGCCUACGACGAGAAGUGAGGCUACUGAGGAUGGAAAACAGCUACCUGAGGCAACAGAUGAUGACCAACGGGAGGCUCCAGCUGAACGGGAUCGUCCCCGUGGGCGGAGUGUCCCCCGACGGAGACUCGGGCAUCGACCUGAUGCGGGAGGGACACCCUCCCGCCGAGGAAGGGGACCCGAGGAACGAGAGGGCGCUGCUGCACAAGUACAUGACCGAGAACGAGAGCCUCAGGGUCGAGAACGCCACCAUGCACCACAUGAGGGAGAUGCUCGUCAGAGACCACGAGCUCGUCUGCCGGGAAAACGAGCGCCUCCUGAAAAGACUCGGUGCCCUUGAAAGGGGCUACGCACCGGACAGUGCCGAAAGGUCGGCAACGCCUCAGCGCGUCACACCGACGAUAGCAGUGGACCGUGAAUCUCUCGGUGGAAGCAGUGACGCCAGGAAACAAAGCAGACAGGCAACACCAAAAAGACCAAGAGGGGAUCCAAAGUCAGUGAAGGCUAGUGCCACUUCGAGUCGAAGUUUCAACACCAUCAGAGAAUCACCCAAAUUGUCUCCAACAGUGCGUAAAAUUGGGAAAAGUCUGAACGACAUCGUGAAGACGACCACAGAGAGCACCUUAGUGCCCCAACCGAACCAGGAGACGGACGAAGAAGCCAAAGCGCGCCGUAGAAACUCGUGGGGUAGCGGCAUCCCAAAACUGAAGGAAAAGCUGGCAGGCCGUGCGUCAAGUAACGCCAAGGUUGUGGCAGACAAAGGACGUGCAGCCAACACCAUCGUGGCAGCACUAACUCCGAGGAGCAUACGGAGGACCGGAUCCAACAGGGUAGCACCUGCCCCGACAGGAAAUCACCAGAAAGCGGACACAAAACGAAGCAGUGCCUCCCAAACAGUAUCAGGACUGGACACUUCCCAAGACCCAACCAAAGGACAAAGUUGAGGAUGAAGCCACCCUGCAACUCGUCUUCAGUGCACGGGACGAACACUGCACUAACUGUGGUGCAGAUCUCGACCAGUGUUUUUCAUUAUCAUCCAGUGAUUGAUACAAUUCCCCCAGAACCUUGCAUACAGAUUUGGCCAUUCCCAUCUAGCAGUCAACAGGAGACCUCAAAACUUUAAGGGCAUAGCAAACGCUCACCACUCGAGUCCCCAUUUAAAUGUAGUACCUCAGUACAACAACCGACAGUACGCGGGCAAAGCAACUCUGCUGCAUAACCUUAUCACAGUUCCCAAUAUAUUGGGGUUUCACUUACUACUAAGUCCCCAAAUGAAAUUUGUGAUGUAAAUUGGAAAUGUAAAAGUGUAAAAUGUACUAAAAAGUAAAUUUGUGAUGACACCGUGACAUCCCAACCACCUCCAGACUUGGAAAAGUGUGACGGCAUUUGAAAGACUACAAACACUUCUGCCAUAACCAAAUGAAAAACAAAUUAAGACAGCCUUCCAAAAUGUUUUAAACUAAGAGACCAGUAUGUUCUUUGCCUGUCCCCUAAUUGGUGUCUACAUGAUCAGACAAAGAUUAUUGAAUUAUGGCCUUUAGAAGUAGUCAUCCCCCAAGUAUUUCAUGACUUUCCCCAGGGACGUAAAAAAUUCAGUCAUGUUGCGUAACAAAAUGCGCAACAUGAGAAGCCCUUCCCGUAUAGAACAUUCUGAUCUCAAGUUUACUUGAAAUGAAACAAUCCUUUACAAUGUCCUCAGUGACCCUGUAAUCAUGUUUAGUUUAUUUCCCAAUUAAGGUGGAAACAAUUUCAAGACAUAAUACCUGAGUAAAAAAAACUAUAUUUUUCCUAAAAUAAUCUUUACUGUG